GUAUCUCGUCCAUUCUCGCGGGAUUCUAAUCAGCAAAUUUGCAAUAAUUGGCGCUCCACAUCCGAAUCUUACUGGCAGUACCCACCAGCUGCUUUUUGUCAUAGAGCCCUGCAUUUUAUACAGUGGCCCCACUUCCCUGAGCGGUGGCUGGCUGAGGGUGAGCUGAAGGAUCGCGAAGGUCGCUGGGCCAGCUCCAGAGCCUGCGACUGGUCUGGUGCACUUAAUUAUGUACGAGGGGCAGCAUGGUGGCAAGUAAGGCCGGGUCUCCGCACGUCCGCGCCGGCGCUGCUGGUGGGCAACAAGGCGAGCGCCACGCAGCUGGUGGCCAGCGCGCAGUACUGCAGCGCCUCCACACUCAGGAUGGUGGCCGAGCUGGACCCCAACUGCAAGGGACUAGCUGAUGUGCUGCUUGAUUUCCUUAUAGUCAAAGACAAAUUAGUGGAAGAGGUUCCUAGAGGCCUGAUGGGCCGCAUGUUGGGCGCCGUGGCCGAUAGAGGGCGCGAGCUGACCGCGCGGCUAGUGCUGCCACCUACACAGGCGUGAAUAGUGCUGUAACUGUGCGAAAUAAACACUUUGUGUUGUGGAUUGAAUGCUUAAAUGAGGAUGAAUAGUGUGAGAAGUGCUAAAGGGAAUUUUAAGUGGUUUUAAAUUUUAGCCGUCAUAUCUUAAAUUCUAUUCCUCUUCUUCUGGAGGUUUAGAGGUUCAAUCACACCCUCAUGCUAUUAGUGAGUUGAUAAGUAUAUCUAAAUUAUUAGAUAUAACAUUGUCUCUUAACUAAAUUCUAAAGUCACCCUAAAUAAUCCCAAGUUAUUAGGAACUAUUGUUAGGGUUAAGUAUACUAUGUGAAAAUUAUGUAAAAAUUCCCCGAAGAAUUUAAAAAGGAAUGCUUACAAGCAAAGUUCCUAUUGUGUGUUUACUUAUGUUCUGCUCAAAUUAUUAUUAAGGUUUAUUUUAAUAAAGCAUGCCAAAUUCAGUGCCAUAGGAAUAAGGAAUUUUGGAACCAUUUCGAUCAUAAUAACGACACCCAACGAGGUACUUAUCCUUUCAGCAAAACCCACUGUUAGGGUGGAAAGGUGUAGAUCGCAACAAUUAUGUCACUGGCAACUGCGGCUGUUAAAAAAAGUAUUAAAUUAUUUUUUCCGAGGUUUUUUUUUGCAGUAACUAUCGAAUGCCUAAAACAAUUUCGAUAAAAGGUUUUUAGUAACGAGGCGUUCUAUUUCAUUAUAUCGUUAUUAUGACCAAAAUCGUUCGUAAUUUACGGCAUGCCUAUUAAGUUAAAUACAUUUUUACAGAUGACAUUUUAUUAUUUGUUGCCAAUUUGUAAAUAUUUUUUUUACUACUUAUUUUGUACUAUUCCGAAUUUUUACUCUUUACUAAGUUAAACGUUUCUAUAAGGUGUAAUAGUAAAUCAUUAUAGAAUAUUGUCGAAAGUCAGUGAAUAAUAAUUCCUUUUUUGUAAUAUUAUUUUUAUGAUGAAACAUUUCUAAUUUAUUUUACUUUGUAUAAUAAAUAGUUAAAAGCAUGAUAUACCAAAGACCGUCUCAAUGUCAAAUUUAAUGUUAUUACAAUUAAUAUUAUUGGUUUUUAAUAAUUUUCAAUUUUAAUACAUAUUAUUUUUUGUA